GUGGCUAUGGUGGGACAGAAUCAUGGUAGACAAGGCCUGAUACAUGCUUUUGAAUGGCAUAUAAUAAACCUCUUCGACCUGUUGAACCAUGAGGAAAUAUAAUGCAGUCCUCCACUCCAUCAAUUGGUCUUCUGUUCUGUUCUCAGGGUAGCUCGUCAUGUCAACCACUACCACCACCACUGCUGCAGCGUCAGCAACCGCCUCUUGUCUGAACAUCAAACCAGGCAAAGAUGGAUUUCUGCCACCAGAGGCCUGCGAUGCGCUGCUCCCCUACGUGCCUUCGUUUGCAGCUGCGGUCUUGUUCACCGUCAUAUUCGGUGCGACUCUGGUUGCCCAUCUCGUCCAGGCAAUCACGUUCCGCAAGAGAUUCUGCUGGGUGGUUAUAAUGGGUGCCUUUUGGGAAGUGACUGCCAUGGUAUUCCGAGUGCUGCUCACUCGGAACCAGAGCCAAGUGGCGUUCUACCUGCCCAAUUUCCUUUUCAUCCAGCUUGCGCCAUUGUGGCUCAAUGCAUUCAUGUACAUGAUUCUCGGACGCAUGGUCUACUUCCUCGUCCCGGAGAAACGCCUCUUCGGCAUCUCCGCCAAACGACUGGCCACCAUCUUCGUCUGCCUGGACGUCCUGACGUUCCUCGUGCAGGCGACUGGUGGCAUUCUGGCCUCGCAGCAGAACGGCUCGCAGAGCAUCAUCCAGACAGGCAUGCAUAUCUACAUGGUUGGGAUUGGCGUGCAGGAGUUUUGCAUCCUCGUCUUCACGGCCCUACUCGUUGCCUUCCAGCGGCGCGUCAUGCGCAGCGCACUUCCCCCUCAAGUUCAAGGUCCUUCGUGGAAGUGGUUGUUCUUCAGCAUGUACACUGCCCUCAUCUUGAUCACAAUUCGCAUCAUCUACCGACUGGUAGAAUACAGUGACGGAACAGAUUACUCUACGAGCCCUAUCCUCAGUCACGAAUGGUACAUGUACGUCUUUGACGCGACACCCAUCUCCCUCGCUUUCCUUGUCGUGAAUAUCUUCCAUCCCGGUCGAUUCCUAAUAGGUCCCGACUCGGAAUUCCCCCGGUUGACUCGCAUGGAAAAGAAACGGCUCAAGGCUGAACGGAAGGCUCGCAAGGCGCGCAAGGGGAGGGAUGAUGAGUUCGGGGCCUUCUACGAGGACACUCAUGAAAUAUUAAAUAGCGAGCAGAGAGAAGAUGCUGUGUAAAGUCUAGGAGAUCGUUCGUUUCAAAAAAGAUAUAGUUCAAGUUCAACUGGAUUAUGCAUUACUCGUAUCGAGAGAAAU